AUGCAUGCGCUGCGCUCUGCCGCCUCAGUCGCCGCGGCCCCUGCGCCCGCCUCGACUUCGCCAGGCGGCGCGCAAGCGACUGCAGCCGCUUCAGGUGUCCAGGGCGAGGCAGCUGUCGAGCGAUCCGCCCAUGCAGGCGCGACUCAGACAGCGGAGAACCCGGUCGAUGCAGACCCAAAGCGUAAAGAAUUCGCGAAGCAGCAAGAAGCAGUAGGCUCUGAAACGCGCCACGAAGCCUCUGAGCAGCACGGCGGCGAGGACGAACCACGAACCGGCGGGCGGUUCUCAGCAGUCUUCUUAUCCAGUUUUCUUCUGGGAGGAUUGGUCCUGGAGGGAGGACGCCUCUACGAACGCGCUGCCCGAGAGAAAAAAACCUUCUCAGCGGCUUUUGUCGACGAAAUCCGCGAUCUAGAUUCCCAUAUGAGCAAGUGGAACGAGCAGCUCCAUCUUUACCUCGAUCAGAAGAUCGGCACAGGAAAGAAGGAGGCAGAGCCGCUGUUGCCGGAUCUUGCGGAGAUUAACGCACCCGAUUUGAUGCCGACGCUAGUCUUGAACUUUGACAACGUCCUGGCGUCUAUCGCGUACGACCCGGUGAAGGGGUACAUUGUUAGGAAACGCCCUGGAGUCGAUGCCUUCCUCUCGACGCUGGCGAACUUCUACGAACUCGUUCUCUGGAGUGACCAUCCGUUCCCGUUCAUCGAGGACUUGCUCCGCGCGCGCCUCGAGUGGCCGAUCUCCUUCACCCUCUACCAGGAGAACAUGGACCGCCGGGGAUCUUCCCGCUAUCGGAACCUCGAGCGUCUCGGCCGCCGAAUGGACCGCGUGCUGUACAUCGACGUCGACGGCGCCCAUCUACCCGCGACGCAAACCGGCAACUUUAUCAAAGUGACGCCCUUCCACGGCGAAGCGCAAGAGAUGCUUGAAGACCACGCUUUGCCCGAGUUAACGGACUUUCUCAUCGGCGCGGCGGUCUCUGCAGGAGACGUGAGGGAAAUGCUUCUGCGUUAUGGCGGGGGCGCCGACGGCAACGUCGGCAAGCGGUUUCUCCUCGAGAAGAUCGACGCAGAGAAGCGCGCGAACCAGCGCAGAAGCAUCGGACGCGUUUUCGGGCUGAGUGGUGGACCACCCCCCCAGCAGAGACAGAAGUGGGAGAAGGCCUAG